AUGGAGCUCCUCGGCAUGGUGCCCGCGGAGGCCAUUGCGCUCAGCCUCUACUCCCUCCCCGCAGCGGCCGGCUCGCUCUGCGCCUGGCUCGUCGCCGCCCUCGCCGCCUCGGUCGGCCUCUGGCGCAUCCGCGCCGUCAGCGGCGCUUCCAACUCCAAGCCCAGCGCCCACGUCGACGACGAUAAUCAGGAGCCACAGGCGCCUCUGCCGCCGUCUCGGGCUGCCAUUAUCGACGAGCCUCGGCCGCCGGUCGCUCUCGCUCCGGCUGCCGAGCCGUCGUCCGUGAGCGAGCCGAGCACGCCGUCCAAGGUCCGGUUCACUGCGUACUACGGCGGCUCAGGAUACGACGACGACGGAGUAGUGGACGGCGUCAGGAAAUGCGCGGACGCGGAUGACGACGACGACGGCGAGGUGGAGGUGGUUCUCAGAAGGACGGUGUCAGAGCCGGCCGGGAGAAGAAGAGCGACGACCUUGGCGGCCACGGCCCCGUGGGAAGAGAGGGAGUUGGCGGUGAGGCGGAGGAGCGACCUGGGUUGGUAUCGCCACAUCGACAUGGCGGCGCUCGACGGCAGCAUCGUCAGGCUGUGGGACGGCGACCUGACAGCGUCGCCGAGGGGAGGAGGAGGAGGGCAGGAUUGGAAUUGCAACUGUCAUUAUAGGAUGUAG